AUGGCCGAUGCCGCACACGCACUGGAUCUUGCUCGAAUCCGGUUCCAGCUAAUUCGACUCGAGGAUACCAUCACUUUCCAUUUGAUUGAAAGAGUGCAGUUCGCAUUGAAUAGUACAAUCUAUGUUCCUGGAGCUGUCGAGCUGCCAGAAGCGAACCUGAGCUUUCUCGACUGGUACUUCCGCGAGCAAGAAAAGCUGCAAUCUCUAAUCCGACGCUUCGAAUCCCCUGACGAGUACCCUUUCUUCCCCGACGCUCUGCAGAAGCCAAUUCUCAAGCCUCUCAACUACCCCAAAAUCCUAUAUGAGAACGACGUCAAUGUGAACGACAAGAUUAAGCAGUUCUACACGGAAAAGUUCCUUCCUGCAGUGUGCCCCGACUUCGGCCGCGAGGAGCGGGGCGAGUCUCAAGAAAACUACGGCUCAACCGCAACUUGCGAUAUUGCUUGUCUACAAGCCUUGUCACGACGUAUCCAUUUCGGCAAAUUUGUCGCCGAGUCCAAGUUCCGUUCUGACCGAGAGAAAUACACCCGCCUUAUCAAGGCAGAGGACCGAGAGGGUAUCGCAGAGUCCAUCACCAAUGCUGCUGUGGAGAAACAGGUUCUUGAGCGACUACGACUUAAGGCUUUGACAUACGGAAAGGACCCCAGUAUUCCAGAUGGCACAGAAGGAGCGGCAAAGAUCAAUGUCGAUGCCUGGAGGUAG